AUGCCAAAUUCUGGCGAGGACAUCAGCAAUUUGUGUUUCUACUGCAGUCUGAGCAUGUCAAAGUUGAGCAAAAACUUUUUUAAGAUGCAGGGCGCAUACUUUAGAUUUUUGGGCUUUGAUAUAGCCGAUGGCGAGCAGGGCUGGCAGUAUCCUUGGAAAACGCUCUGGUGCAUGUUACCAUUGGCCGGCGUACAACCGAUGAUUGUUGCGUAUAUUAUAGUAAAUGCUGGCAGUGUGGAUAAAGUGGAUAGAAUGACAGAAGCUAUAGCUUCUAUAUUGCUGGAUUUGCUGUCGCUUUUCAAGCUUGGGCUCAUGAUCUGGCAGCAUAAGGAGUACAGACGACUUAUUGUGCGCUUUCGUUCGAUGCUUACACAAGCCUGCGACGAUUGGAUACCAGCGCGCAUUAUAAAUGAAGAAAAUGAACGAGAGCAGCGCAUAAGUCAGCGUUAUAAAUGGAGUUUCUUGCUCACAGGCGCCUUGUCAGCUUUAAUGCCAUUGAUAACAACAAUGAUGAUGUAUCUGAACAGCGGCGUACUGCAGCCGCAAAAUAGUUUUCCCUACGUCUAUCCCUGGAACAAUGAGCAUUUGCAUAAUGCACUGUUCAGUUAUCUAUUCACUGUGGCAGCCAUAUUCGGUGUCAUCUCUGGCACCAUUUGCAUGGAUGCCUUCUUCAUGUCCUUGACGCACAAUCUGGUGGCUUUGUUCAAAGUAGCGCAAUAUCAUAUGCAAUUGAACACGACUACGUUGCAGCAAACGCAGACUCGACUUGGAGUUGUAUUUCAGCUAUACAAGGACACGGUGGACAUAAGCACCGCUGUGAAGCACAGCUUUCGUCCUUUGGUCUGUGUGCAGCUGGUCAUAGCCUCGCUGCACUUGUGCGUCAUCGGCUAUACGCUCUCGAUGAACUUUAAUCAGGUUCAGAUGCCGUUCUAUGUGAUGUUCACCAUGUCGGUGCUAUCUCAACUGGGCAUGUACUGCUAUUGA